AUGGCAGGGUCGUUCGGGCUGGAGAAGGAGCACUACGACAUCUCUAUGAGCAUCGGGGAGAUGUCGCUGUUCCCAGCGGUGCGGGCUCAGCAACAGCAGGGCGAGUUCGAGCUUGUGAUGGAGGGGGUGUCGUGCCGCCAGCAGGUGGAGCACGGGACGGGGAAGAAGGCGAAGCACCUGGUGGAGUUGCUGGCGGAUGCGAUUUAG